AUGCAUGAAAUGGCUAAGAAGGCAGUGUUGAUAGGGUGCAACUAUUCAGGAACAAAGGCUGAGCUAAAAGGGUGCGUUAACGAUGUAUGGAGGAUGCACAAAUGCCUCACUCAUUAUUAUGGAUUCUUAGACGAGGAUAUCACAAUUCUCAUUGACACAGACAGUUCUUAUACUCAACCUACUGGCAAGAACAUUCGAUCUGCCAUGUCUAGAUUGCUUCGAUCGGCUCAGCCCGGUGACGUGCUAUUCGUUCAUUACAGCGGUCAUGGCACCCGUCUCCCUGCUGAGACCGGAGAUGAAGAUGAUACUACUGGCUAUGAUGAGUGCAUUGUUCCCACAGAUAUGAAUCUCAUCACUGAUGAAGAUUUCAGGGAGUUUGUAGCAAAGGUGCCUAGAGAUUGUAGGAUCACAAUCGUAUCAGAUUCUUGUCACAGUGGUGGAUUGAUUGAAUUAGCAAAGGAGCAAAUAGGAGAGAGCACACAUGAAGGAGAACCAAUUUCAUCUCCAGGCUUCAAGAACUUCCUUCACAAAACUAGGGAGGAUACACUAGAGUCCCGCAAUAUUGAGGAAGGACUCGAUGAAUUUAAUCAUGGGGAACACAGCUAUGUGAAGAAUAGGUCUUUGUCUCUUUCAAGUCUUAUUGACAUACUAAAGGAGAAAACUGGAGAUGAUGAUGUAGAAAUUGGAAAGAUAAGGCCUACACUAUUUUAUAUCUUCGGUGAAGAUGCUAGUCCUAAAGUGAAGAACUUCAUUAAGUAUUUCUGGAACAAAGUUCAACUAGGUGAUGAGAGUGGAGGCCAUGGUGGAAUUUUGGGGCUGGUGAACAAUCUUGCCCAAGGACUUCUCAACUAUAAGCUGAGUGACAGUGAUGAGGAAAACGAAGAUCCUGUCAAGCAUACACCAGAAGCAUAUGCUACAUCAACUAAGCACCACAUUGUCGAGCGUGGAAUUCUACUGAGUGGUUGUCAAACUGACCAAACUUCAGCAGACGCUAGUCCACAUGGGAAUCCUGAUGAAGCUUAUGGGGCAUUUAGCAAUGCCAUACAAGCUAUAAUUGCAGAGACUGGUGGUGUAGUUACAAAUCAACAGCUUGUCCUGAAGGCAAGGAAGAAACUUCAUAGGCAGGGUUACACUCAGAAGCCUGGACUUUAUUGCAGUGACGACCAUGCCAGUGCUCCUUUUGUGUGCUGA